GUAGAUAACAGGCAGUUGGAGCGCACUAGUGCAAGUAGUCCCUGCUUGUGAUCUUUUCACUCGUGCGCAGAACUACGCGCCGUUCCUUUCAUAUGCAGAACAGGGGGGCCCAGCAGCCAAGAGAGGACUGGAACCGAGACACCUCGGGAGGGAAGGAGUCUCUUAGUGGAACUGAUUUGGAAAGCCCGAGUGUUCCCAGCACGGAGUUCCGUAUCCAUCAAUGCGCCCCCGUUGGCUGAGGUCUGUGGGGAUCAGUAUCGGCGCCCUGGCGCUGUGCUCCCUGUUCUAUGGGCACCACUAUAGCUCCCUGAUCAGCGCAGGCAGCAGCAGGACCCCUCGGGAAGGCGUAGGGUAUGACCUUCCAAGUAAGAGCUUGGAGUGGAUCCCAGCUGUUUCACAUGGACGGGAAAGGAACCGGGAGCAGACUGAGACGUUGAGAGUGCAAAGACCAAGUAAGGAGCAGGUACCUGACACAUGUCCGACAUCGCUGCAGCUACGGGUAAAGAAUGAUUCCUACUUCAAUACACUCUUUAACUUUGAGGUUCCACUGCUGCUGUGGAACAGUCACAUGACAGAGAGGAACUGGGAUAUCCUCGGCAAGAGGCCAGUUCCUUACGGCUGGAAAGAUCUACCCCAGGAAGAUGUGGCCUCCACGCUCAAGCUGCUCAAUGACUCUGCACACAGGGUCAUGUUCAGGAGGCAGGGCCCCCAAAAGUGCAUCCGCUGUGCUGUGGUGGGGAAUGGGGGCAUCCUGAAUGGAUCCAGAAAGGGAAAAGAGAUUGAUGGGCAUGAUUAUGUAUUCAGGCUGAAUGGGGCUGUGAUAAAGGGAUUCGAGAAAGAUGUUGGCACCAAGACUUCAUUUUAUGGUUUCACUGUCAACACCAUGAAGAAUUCGCUGAUAUCUUACAAUGAGUAUGGCUUUACCCAGACGCCGAAAGGGGCAGAUCUCCGAUACAUCUUCAUUCCCUCUGACCUACGUGAUUAUGUCAUGCUACGCUCUGGAAUCUUGGGAGUCCAGGUGCCCAGUGGAUAUGACAAAGGGGAUAAACCAUCUGUAUACUUUGGACCCAAACCUUCUCCCAGGAAGUUCAAAAUGUUGCACCCAGAUUUCCUGCUAUAUACAAGGGAGAGAUUCUUGAAGUCAGACAUAUUAAACACAAAAUAUGCCGGCUUGUACAUGCCAAGUACCGGGGGACUUAUGCUACUGACUGCUCUGCACAGCUGUGACCAGGUGAGCGCCUACGGUUUCAUCACUCCAGAUUACAAUCGCUAUUCAGACCACUAUUAUGAGCUUCAGAAGAUACCCCUUGAAUUCUAUGCCAAUCACGACAUGAUUUUGGAAAUGCAGCUGUGGGGCAGGCUGCAUGACAAAGGGAUCAUCAAAUUGUACAAGAGAUGAGACGAGGAAACUUCAUUCCGGCACAGCAUUUCAGCCCCCAUAGGAUUUAUGGUGCACAGCACCCGACAAGAUAAUAUACCUCUUGUUAGUAUACUGGAAAUGGGUGGGUGGGUAGGGCUUUUCGUGGUUGGACCAUUAUUCCAUUGUAAAUGGAAAAUGUUGUUAAACAACUUGGUUAUGAGGGGUCCAAUCUGAGAGGUUGAGUUUAUAUCCUUUUAAGUGGCCUUAUAGACAUUUAAAAUGUUUCUCUGGGGCAAAAACUUCUGGUUUCAGCCUGAUGAAGAUGGCAAGGCUGGACCUAUCAAAACUAUCACCCUGUAUUGCCUUUGCUGGAGUGCAAUCACUCUGGUACAUUGUAUAGACACUUGCACUAACUGAUACAAUGUGAAUUUGGUUGGCCAGAUACCAGAAUAACCUUUUUACUGUGACUGUAGCCUUUCUAUAUCAUAUUUUAAAAGUCAGAUUUUAGCAGUGUAACAUUUGUAAUUUGAUGAGGGUGCACUUUUUAAAUUCCUCCUUAGAAUUUAAGGAGAUGUAACAUUUUAGUAUGAUGUAGCCGGUGGCAUUCUGUUAAGCCAAUGGUCUACAUGUUGAAUGAUUUUCUAAUUAUAUCAACUUUUAAUUUGAUACAGACAAUGAUUCUGAGACAAUCUCCAAAUGGUUGUCUUUUUAUUUGUUUUUUAUUAAUUAAUAUUCUUUUUCAGAAGCUCUCUAUCUAGUUGUUACGGUCCAGUUUCCCUGGCAACCAGACAGUGGUUUGAAAAAGUGGACUAUACAUAGCAGAUGCCCGAAUAAAAAGAUAAAUAACAAUGUAGCCUAACAGAGUAAUAGUUGUUUGGCUGAUGGUGUCAGUGACCUCCAUAAGAAAUAUGUAGAAGAGGAAGGCAGAUUAUUUAUUAAAGACCAAAUGAAAAGUUGCCAAGAAAAGGAUAUUCUAUAACAAACUAAGGGAUAACAGAAAGGUGAAAUGCCCCUUUAAAUUUUUUACAUGACCAUAAUAGGCUGAUAAUUUAAAGCCAAAAAAAAUUAGUUUAAUCUGAAAAAUUCUAAACAUUUAAUUUGUUCUUUAAACAUCUUUAAGCAAGAGAAGAGUCUGGUACUCUGUAUGUAGCAGGUGUAAGGGUGAGAGAAGUAGGAAGAAGAGGCAUAUAAAUAGGGUCAGGGUCAGACUGGGCUGCGGGACACUGGAAAAAACCUGGAGGGCCCUGGUCCUAGUGUGACCUACUGGCCCAGACCCGCUCCCUGCACAAAGCCUGCUGCUGUCUCUGACCUUUCUUCCUGGUCCCCCCCACGUGCCCGCUAGAAGAUGGAGGUAGGACCAGGGGUUUCCAGCUGGGGGUGCAGGGGCCCCUGAGGCAACAGCCCCAGACUGACAUAUGCCCAAUUUUUAUCCAAAUAUCUGUGAGGAGGCAGGCCCAUUGUUGGGCCCCGUACACAGGCCAAUAUGUUGUUGACUCGGUAACUUAUAUCGGCACCACCUUAAGAAGGAUUAACGUCCUGUUUUGACAUAAUAGAAGAAGUGCUGAUGUCAUCACUUUGAUGCCAGUGAUCUUCUGUUGGCUUGUGCCUUUUUAAUCCUUCUGCUGCUGAAGAUAUUACUUUUUUCUGCAUAUAAUUAGUUGCAGCCUUCCAUCAGUGAAAGCAACUCGUUUUUUUUUGUUUGUUUGAAAUGUUGUUUUAAAUAAAAGUUUGUUUAUA